GCAACUCGCGCGUCGCCCAGGGUUCUGCACCCAAGGCCACCCUUAUGAAGUGCUUGUGAAUGCCUUUGUCGUGAUGUCCCCUCCGAAAGAUCCAUUCUCUCAUUAUGACGUAGUAUUUAGCCCUGCAGUAAAUAAUGCAAGACUAGCGACAGAAAUUAUUCACCGGCUUCAAAACCAUACCGCCCCCAACGUCUUUAGUCGGGUGGCAUGCGCUUUUGACGGGAAGAAAAACUUAUAUGUUCUUCGUCAAAUUUUGUUUCCCGAAGGCUCCAUGACGUUCAAAGUCUAUAUGAGCGAUCGUUCUGAUCCGCAGUCCAAGAUUUUCAAUGUAAAAUUGACAAAAGUUGCAGACAUCACGCCCAGCGACUUAGCACGUAUUCUGCAAGGAGAAGGGGCAGGAAUGCCAAUUAUUACGACGCCUUUACAGGCGUUGAAUGUUCUCGUGCAGCAAGCUGCCGCACUGCGUAUUCCAGUCCAUACGAAGCAGAAGUUCUUCGACAGCUCCGGUCAUCAGUCAUUUGGAGGUUUUGAGAUUUGGCGGGGCUUCUUCGCGUUUGUCCAGACACUCUUUACUAUUAUUUCUCGUACAACUGACAGCACAUUGCCUAGAUCGGUCCGGCCAACUCUUGGCAGAUUGCUAUUGAACAUGGACAUGGCGACUGCUGUCAUGUACCAACGUGGGGAUCUCAUUGCGUUCAUAUGCGCUUACCUCCGUAUUCCUGACUCUCGCUCUCUGGAUGGAUGCGAUGAAAACAAUGAGGCAUGGCCACGAAUGAAAAGUGUUUUGAAAGGAUUACAGGUACUACUCCAGCACACGAAGCGCCUUAGGACGAUCCGAUCGAUUGUUGCGAAAGCAGGAGAGUAUGAAUUCAACCUUGCAAAUGGACAGCAGAUGACUGUGAUGGAAUACUUCAAUAACAAGUACCAUUACAAUUUGAGAUACCCUCGGAUGCCUGGUGUAGUCACAAGGAAAGACGAAGUCAUUCCCUUUGAGCUUUGUCACAUUAAGGAGGGCCAGUUUUUCAGAAAGAAAACCUCGCCGGAGUUGAUGGCGCAAAUUAUGAAUUUUUCGAAGAAGAAGCCGAAUGAAAGGUUGGAGAUCUUGCGGCGGGGAAUGGAGCAACUGCAAUUUGGCAGCUCAACUUUUACCCAGCAGGCAGGUUUGAGGGUGUCGCCUCAGCCCAUGUCCAUUUCUGGACGACUUUUGAAUCCUCCUGUGAUGAUGUACGGGGGAGGCUCGAAAUUGUCGCCGAACUCAGGCUCUUGGAAUAUGGUCGGCCGGCGGUUGACAGAACCAAAGGACGUAGAAAAUUGGGGUGUCAUGUCAUUUGCGAGAAUCGAGUUAGCGGCAAUACAGACAUUCGUGACUGCACUCGCAAAUGCCAUGUCAGCCGUUGGGAUGAGGCUUCGAGACUUCUACCCGCCAAUCAGGAAAGAUUCCGUCUAUAAGGCCGGCGAGGCACUGAACGAGUUCCGCAUGGCAGCAGUAAAGGCUACAGGAAAGCCACCAACUUUGCUUCUCAUCAUACUUCCUGAAAAUGCUGCACCGUUGAAGAAAACGGUAAAACAAUUUGGGGACAUCAUGCAUGGUGUCGUCACACAGUGCGUUCGUGUCGACAAACUGAUGAGGGCUAACAACCAGUAUCAUAAUAACCUAGUUUUGAAGAUAAAUGCAAAGCUUGGAGGUGUCAAUUCUAUCGUUGAUUCUCUGUCGUUUAGGCAGUUAUCGGACGGCAGAACUAUGGUCGUUGGUUUGGAUGUCACUCAUCCGGGACCAGGGGUGUUACGUCCCUCAGUUGCUGCUUUGGUUUCAUCGUAUGAUGAAAGUAUCUCGAAGUAUAUCUCCAGAUGUGCAGUCCAAGGUCCACGAACCGAGAUUAUCGAGGGCUUAGGUAGCCUCAUGGCUUAUGCGCUGCAAAUGUUCUAUAGGUACAGGAAGCACAUACAUUCGACUGUGGUACUCCCAGAGCGCAUUAUCGUCUAUAGGGAUGGAGUGUCGGAAGGAGAAAUUCAUAAGGUUGUCGAAAAUGAGGUUCAACAGAUCAUGAGCAUCAUUGACAGCAUAUAUGCAAAAGAAAAGAUGCCAUACCGCGCCAAACUAACAUUCAUCGUUGUUGGCAAGCGACACCAUAUUCGGUUCAUCCCGAAAGAACCGCGGGCGGCAGACAAGAGUGGAAAUGCACCAGCUGGCUUGUUUGUCGAUCAAGAAAUUACAAGCCCUGGCGUUUUCGAUUUUUACCUCCAGUCGCAUGGUGGUCUCCUUGGAACAUCUCGUCCAAGCCAUUAUAUUGUCGUACGAGACGACAAUGGCUUCAAUGCGGACAUGCUUGCGGACUUCUCUUAUUCCCUGUGCUACACAUAUGCCCGUGCUACACGCUCCGUCUCAAUCCCGGCACCGUGUUACUAUGCCGAUAUUGCUUGUGCGAGAGCGGACUAUCACUUCGAUCCAACACUUCGUUUCGAUGAUGACACCUCGUCAACUGGCGGGGAGUUCGACCUCACGCCUUGGAUCAAGGGCUUCCAGAACGUGCACAAGGCGCAGGAGGUACUGAUGUACUUCAUGUGAAGCUCGCACGUAUCCAGAGACUCGACAGUCGGCCUGUUCUACAAGCCCAUACUUUAAAUGACAUUCUUUAAGUUACUAUCCUUACAUCCACUUUAUUUUCACUAUUGGAUGGAGAAAACAUUGCAAUUCUUCAAAGCCCGCAGUUCCUUUGUAUCAUUAACGUUGCGCCUUUCAUACUUCUGCUUCAGUAUCUGCGUUCGUACUAUCCCUUCUAUCAUUGUUAAUAAGUCUGUUGUUCCAAGCAUCGAAUGAGUAGUGUAACCCGGCGUGUUUCGUAUUAUAUCCUUCUAUCCCCUCGUCUUAAAGUAGUGAAAAACGAUCAUGUAACAUCAGAUGCUUUUUGUAACCAUCUGUCUGACGACGGGCAUUGUUAUUAUACAUCC